UCUUCUUCCGGGUGUCUCCAGCCGCCCGCUUAAGUUAGAGUAGAGAACCCAGGGUCCCGGGAGCCGCGCUUUCCCGUUCAGGCGGGGCUUGUUAAUAACGGAGGCAGGUUUCUGGUGGCUGGGCUUCUUUCUAGACGCGGUCGCCUACGUGCUGGCCGCCUUAGUUCGGCCCGAGACAGGGCCUCCCAACCUGGCCUUUAUGGUCGAGGCUGGCUUCGAACACGGCUUGUGAUAGUGGCCUUUUUGUUUUUGUUGUUGUUGGUUUGGUUUUUCGAGACAGGAUUUCUCUGUAUAGCCUUGGCUGUCCUGGAACUUGGGGUUGGUGGUUUGGUCUGGUCGCCAUGCGGUGGAGGGGCGCCGCGCAUUUGAGCCCAGCACUUGGGCGGCAGAGGCAGGUGGAUCUCUGAAUUCAAGGCCAGAGCGAAUUCCAGGACAGCCAAGGCUACUCAAAGAAAAACCCUGUCUCGAGGGAGGAAAAAUAAAAACGAACAGAAAGCUCUAUAUUGCGGGGUAAGGUAGCACACACCUUUAAUCCCAGCUACUCUCCCGGGAGGCAGAAGCAGGUCUAUCUCUCUCUGCUACCUACACAGCGAGUUCCCGGCCAGCAAGUCCCAAUAGUGAGACAUUAUUGUUUUUAUUUAUGUGUGUGUGCCUCUGGAAGGUUACGUUCACCGUCUGCGUGCAGGUGCCUGAAGAGGCCAGAGGGGUCAGAUCUGGAACUGCAGUUAGAGGCUGUUGCGGGGGCCAGGGACUGGCCCUGUGUCCUAUAAAAGAGCAGCCAUCUCUCCAGCCUAGCGUUAGCUUUGGAGGGUGUUUGCUUGUGUGAGAAAGGCUCAUGCUGUAUUCCCAACUGGUCUUAAACUGUGUGUGAUUCAGUUUGGCCUAGAAUAAGCAGUACUGUAGCCUUGAAAACAAUUGAGCCACAAGUCUUCAAGGGCCUCUUGACAUCUCAGGCCAUUUCAGCACCUGUGAUAAGAGUUUGUAUAGUAUUUAUGUUCUCAAAAUGCGUUUACCCCAAGACUUUGUUGCCAAUGGAUAUUUUGUUUAAAAGCCAGUUGCCCCUCCCCUGCUUUACAAUGUACACUUACCGUUUCAUCUCCAUUAUAAUGUAGCUAAGUGGGAGAGUGUUUGCCUAGCAUGCUUCAUCCUCAGCUCCUGGAAACAACUGGACAUCCCAAAGUUGAUGUGGCAGCUCCUGAAUAGUGUCUGCAGUUCUUGAUUGCUUGGUCUACAGGACUGGGAUAGUACCUAUCCACAGUAGAUGGUAGUCAGGUCAGAAAACAAAACAAAAAACCCUGGCAUGUUGUCAGUGAAUUUCCAAUUCUCACAUAGGAUGACGCCUCCAGUUUCCUGUGCCUCUGUUGCCCUGUCUCUGUAGCUGAGGUGGAGUGGUUCUCUGAGGAUAUUUCUUUAGCCAUUAUUUCAUCAGUUCUAAUUAGAUACAUCUAAGUAAGCAGGUGGUUUUGUUACAGUGUUAAAUGUGAAGACAUUAGUGCUGUGUAGGGAAGGGAUGUGCUCGACUUCCUGGGACUUAUGGUCUGGUGGAGAGACAGAAAAACAGCAAUUACAUUACUGUGGUAGGUGUUGCAAGAAGGCCAGCUUGAUCUAUAGAGUUCUAGGACAACCAAAGCUACACAGAAACCCUGUCUUGGAAAACCAAAACUACUGGGGUGUACAGUCAGCCUCUAGCCUAGUCUAGGGAAGGUCAUCACGUUGGUUUGCCUGGAGAGGAAGUUAUAGAAGCCAGCUUCAGGAGGAGGAAGGGGAGAUAGUGUUUGUAGCAUAGGAAACAGCAUGUAUGCGAGCCUCAAGGUGAGGUGAAGCAAGCCAGCCACAUCUGAGGAUCUGGAAGAUUCACUGUGACUAACAGUUGUGGGAAUGAUGGUUGAUUAUGGAAGAUUCCCACAAGAGUAACACUCCAGAGACUGCACCUCAGCCUGGUUCAACAGUUCAGGGAACUCACAUUUCUCAGAUAGCCCAUCAGGUGUCAUCUUUCUCAGAAAGUGAGGAGUCUCAGGACUCAUCUGACAGCAUAGGCUCCUCCCAGAAAGCCCACGGCAUCCUGGCUCGGCGCCCAUCUUACAGGAAAAUUUUGAAAGACCUUUCUUCUGAAGAUACACGGGGCAGAAAAGGAGACGGAGAAAGUCCUUGUAUUUCUGCUGUCACGUCUAUGUCUGUUCCAACCCCCAUCUAUCAGACCAGCAGCGGACAAUACAUCGCCAUUGCCCCAAACGGAGCCUUACAGUUGGCCAGUCCAGGCACAGAUGGAGUACAGGGACUGCAGACAUUAGCCAUGACAAAUUCCAGCAGUACUCAGCAAGGUACAAUCCUCCAGUACGCACAGACUUCGGAUGGACAGCAAAUACUCGUCCCGAGCAACCAGGUGGUCGUACAGACUGCAUCAGGAGACAUGCAGACUUACCAGAUCCGAACCACACCAUCCGCCACUUCACUGCCACAGACUGUGGUGAUGACUUCUCCUGUGACUCUUACAUCUCAGACAACAAAGACCGACGACCCCCAACUCAAAAGGGAAAUACGGCUGAUGAAAAACAGAGAAGCCGCUCGAGAGUGCCGCAGGAAGAAGAAGGAGUACGUGAAGUGCCUGGAGAACCGGGUCGCCGUUCUGGAAAACCAGAACAAAACUCUGAUCGAAGAGCUAAAGACUUUGAAGGAUCUUUAUUCUCAUAAAAGUGUUUGAUUCUUAAAGAGAAAGUAUUUUUAUGGACUUGCUUUAAAAUGAGGUGGAUUUCUUUUUAGUGGAGUUUUAUAAAUUCAGAGGUCAAAGAAGCUAUUUGUAUUAGGUUUUUACAGUGCGCAGGUUGACAGAGGAUAAGUGGAGAUGAGCAGGAGGAAGCUGCUGGCAGGACUGGAAGGUCCGGGGGAAGUACUCCAGGAAAUGGACUGCAGCAAGGAAACUUAGACAGCGUCCAGUCAGAGGUGGUGGCGGCCGCAGCAGCCCUGGUGAAGAACCCACUCCCUCUCAGUUUGUAUUCUUACUGUUUGUUUCCAAGAUUUGCCUUUUCAUUUGUGUGCGUGAGUGUGUGUGUGUUUGCUUCCUGCCAAUAAAUUCUCAAUUACAAAUGUAAAAGAAAGCAUAAUACAUUACUAAGUGUGUAAAUUAUGUGGUCUGCUUGUUAGUUGUCAUAUUGUCAGGUGUGUUGAAUAAGUUUUAAUAGUUGCUUUUGUUGGAAUUGAGGGGUUUUGAUAAGUGUUCUAACAGGCAAAGGGCACAGAAUCUGAAGAUGGUGAUUUGUAACAUUUUUAUCAGAAUGGAAAAUUUGACAGUUUUAAAUAGUUGAUUUUUGCUUCCGGAAGGUAAGGGCGAUUUUUCACAAGGAUGUAAUAAUUUCGUUUUAAUUCUCUAAUCCUGUAUGCAGUUGAAGAGCAUUACUCUUUUGUGCUUUAACAGAAUGAAGUGUUUACAAAUGCCCUUAAAAAUCUUUUCAAUAACCUGAAGAUGUACACCAAAGCUUCCCGAGAGGGUUUAUAAUCAUCUUACUGUAGGUUUGUCAGGUUCUAAAGUAGUUACCAAGGCAACUUGCCUUGAGACUAUUUUGUAAUGUAGCCAAGGGUACCUUUAUAAGAGAAGGGACUGCCAAUAUAUUUUUAUAGUGAAUCUUUAUAAAUUCUAAUGUCGAGUUUUUAAUGAUUAUUUUAAAUGUUUAUAUAUAGUUUGUUUAGUAAAAAAAAAAUUGUAUCUCAAAUUACCAUUUUUUAUAUUAUGAGAAGAGUAAAGUUUUCAAUUGGCUGAUAUUGAAUUGUACUUUUUCUAUGAAGUUUAUCUAAAGUUUAAGCUGUGGUCAGUACACCAGUGUUUAACCUCUGUAUUCUAAUCUGUAUACACUUUGAAACUGUACUGCAAAACUGUUGUGUGCCUAUAUAGUAUAUUUCAUAUGGUCUAUGAAAUUAAAGAACAUUUGAUAAGAUUAA